UGGAAGUGCAGUCAGUGCUACCAGUUUGGAAUAAGUAAUGAGAAAGGGAAAAGCUGGAAAAACUGAGAGAAAAUGGAGGAAAUAGGAAUGGAUCCUUUGGAAAAAUGAAAAGCGAUAAUGUAAACUGAACGUGUGUAUGAAACGCGCAGAAGAGAGGCGUAUAUUUCAGCAACUGCGAUGUAAAAAUAAUACUCAUUUUUAAGCUAAUUUAAUUGAAUAAUUUCUCGUCGUAUUUCAAAUUUUCGCGAGUUGUGCUCUUUUAUUUUCAUUCUUCCAAGUUCAUUGAUCUAUUCGCAGUUUCGUCUGGUUCAUUCAACGAUGUGACUAAUAUAAUCUUAUCAUUAUCAGCGGUGAUGGCUGCUGAGCUGUAUACUUGAAAAUGGCUUUUGAACAUAAAAGAAAUCCAUUUUCUAUCUAAAUUAUCAGCUACAUUACAAAAAAAAUGUCUGGUUCCGGCGGAGAAAGGAAAAAACGCGUUUUGGUCCCUGGCGGUGGCAGAGGCUGGGAAGAAGCUGGAGGAGAAUUCUAUCAAGAAAGCUAUCCUGGCGCAGAACUGGAUUUAGAAGUAAUGCAAAAUGAUCCUCAUCGGAUUUCCACUCUGCUUCCGAGCAAGAAAACAAGAACAGGGACCGUUGUAAAGGAUCAAAAAUUGACUACUCUUCGUCAUCGCACAACACUCAGAUCUCAUUAUCAAGCUACGGUUGUUCCUAAUAACGAUAUACAAAUAUCAUUACUGCCAGAUCUUUCAGAAAACUUAUCCAACGAAAAAUUACUCUGGGAAGAAAUCAUGAGAAUAAAAGCUAUGCCGGUAAACAUGGCUCAGAAGAAAGAAAUGAAAUCUAAAUUAUUAAGUCGAGAUACGCUCCGGUUGCAAGGAUUCAAGCAAUUCAAAUGGAAAAAGAAACAGUCGUGGAUGCAGUUGAAAGUACGUUUGAAAGAAACCAGCGAAAAAUUAACACUGUGGCGUAACAGUUUGAAAAAAAUCGAAGGCUACUAUGGUACAGGCGUCGUAUCAUUUUUUUUAUUCGUAAAAUGGAUGAUAUUUUUAAAUUUAGUGUUAUCUUCGAUAGUGCUGAUAUUUGUGAUUUUGCCCAACAUCUACGUAACUAAUUUCACCCCAUUUAACGAUUGCACGUUGGUGGACAACACUUCGUUGUAUUUUUCUAAUGAAACAGCCGAAGCUGUCAAUGUUCUAAACGACGUUUCCGUCUUGCUGAACGUAAUUUUCAAUUCGAAAUGGAUGAUCACUUCUCCUCUGUAUUAUGCCUACUACAAAGAUUGUGAUUUAGACUUGUACUAUCUGAAAAUACCGCUUCCUUUAGCGUAUAUUCUAGCGAUGGUCAUGUGUUUCGUAUACAGUUUCAUAUCGGUUUUGAAAAACGCCGCCGAUGGUUUCAAGCACAAAUUACUCGAAAGUCAAGGCCAAUUCUACGUCUAUUGCAACGUUGUAUUCUCAGGCUGGGAUUUCUGUAUUCAAAACGAACGAUCAGCCAGAGUGAAACAUAAAGCCAUAUACAACGAAAUAGUCGGACGAUUGAACGUCGAAAAACGCAAAGAACAGUUCAAAAAUCUCUCUAAACAAGAUUGGUGCAAAUUAUUCUUCAUUCGGAGUAUCAUAAACGUGAUCAUUGUAUCGCUUCUGGCCAUCGCCGGUUUGGUAAUAUUUUUGGCAUUCAAGUCUUCCAACGAGCAGAAUAUGGAUAAGUCGAAAUGGUUCAUGCAGAUUCUGGUCGAAUUCACUCCAGCCGGUUGUAUAAUAUUUUUCAAUCUCGUAUUCCCCGUUAUAUUUCGUUGGCUGGCGAAAUUUGAAAAAUUCAGCCCUAUUUUUACCGCUCAAAUAACCAUCGUCAGAACCAUAUUGCUGAGAUUAUCUUCGCUUUGUGUUUUACUAGCGUCGGUCAAUGAAGUAAUCCAUGUCCGGUCUGGAUUGGAUGGAAAAACUUGGGAAUCUGAUUUAGGCCGAGAGUUGUAUAAAUUACUAAUAUUGAGUAUUUUUAUGCAGAUUUUGUACACGUUUUUGUUAAACUUCCCGAGGAGUUUUUUGGCUAAACAUUGCCAAAAUCGAUUCAUUCAGUGUAUCGGGAAACAAGAAUUCGAUUUGCCAGGUCAUGUGCUGGAUGUCGUCUACGUUCAAACUAUCAUCUGGUUGGGCAGUUUUUACGCUCCUCUGCUAUCGGUUAUGGGCGUGCUGACAUUUUUAUUUAUGUUUUAUAUUAAAAAAUUCGCCUGUUUGGUGAAUUGUCGACCCGCGUCCAAUGUCUAUUACGCUUCUCGUUCUCAAUCGCUUUAUAUGUUUAUAUUGCUAGUUUCAUUCGCCUUCAGUAUCAUACCCUGGAUAUAUUCUAUCGCCUUUAUCGAACCAUCCAAGACAAACGGUCCUUUUAAAAAUUACGACACAGUAUGGACAAUUAUCGUUCAGACGUUCCAUAAAUUUCCUAAUUGGCUUAGCAAGGCUUUAAAUUUUCUCAUUUCGUCCACUGUUGGAAUACCGAUCAUUAUAAUUUUAUCGAUAAUCAAUUAUUAUUACUACGCUAUAUACAGAGUUAAUAAACAAAUGGUUUUAGUCUUGAAAAGGCAAUUAAUUCUCGAAGGUCAUGAUAAACAAUUUUUACUCAAUCGUUUAAGCGCUUUUAUUAAACAGCAGCAAGAGCGUUAUAGGCCUCGAAACGUCGAAAUGCCCAAUAUUUAAACUGUUCUUCCCGAAAUAUUACUUUUCUUCCAUGAAGUAUUUUCAGAAUCCAGUGAUUUUUCUAUUACUCAUUUUAAUUACAUUAAUUUUAUAACUCCACCUAGUUCGUAAAUCGCUUCGAAAGACAUUAUCAUCGAGAUCUCGUAUGCACAACAAAAGUACUUAACUAAUUAAUUAAAUAACGUAUUUAUAAAACCGAUGUUUUAAUUUUUAAAUUACAUUCAACCGAUUUGCACAAAAUACAAUCAAAAUUUUACAUAUACGUAUUAAAAAAAAAGAAUUAAAAACAAUUUUCUAAAAUUGUAGUUCCUUAAUUUUGAUUAUAGAAAUUAUUUAUAUAUUCGACGUAUACUAUUUUUUUUUAUUUAUCGUGUACGUGAAUUUUAUACUAUUUGUAAAAGUUUAUGUUUUUCUUUGUGAUUAAGAAUGUGACUCGAAUUAGGUUUUAAUGGAAGUAUUUUUUCUUUCCUUAGUGUUUUGUUUACGUAUUAAAAAUACCCAACGAAUUACACCAAAUUUGAAAUUUUAGUUUCAUGUUACCAAUUUUUUUAAAAAAUGUGUGCGUAAAUCAUCUAGUCAUUGAGUAUUUUGUGUUGAUGAAUAAACUUCCUUCGUGUUUUAUUUUUAUCAAAUUCUAUGUUUAUAGAUCUCAGUAUUUUUAUAACCUGAAUAUACCUGUGUGUUUAACAUUGAGGAACAAUUUUUUGUAAUUUGAAUAUUGUGAAAGGUUUAGAUCUGAAAAAUAGUCAUUCUAACUAGUCCGUGUGGUAUUAUCGAAAUUUAGCUAUUAUCACUUUUUAUCGAAUAAGGCUUUUUUUUUGGUUAAUUUAACUUUCACGCUUUGUGUUUGCAGCUGCCGUUUGUUUUUUCUUGUCAGAAAUUUUGUAUGUAUUUUUAUUUUCAAAAUAAAGUAUUUCAAUUUCAUAGUAA